AUGGCAUGUUUUAAGGUACCAUCAAAGUAUGUGUACCCAAAAGAUAUGUGUGAAUUAAUAAGAGAGUUAACAAACGUUAUAGAAAAAAAAAAAAUAGAAGAUGUCGACAGGAAGAAAUUAUGGGAUAUAACAAAUAAUAUGUAUGAUCAAUGGGUAAAAGUAGCCGAAUCAGAAAAAGAAAAAGACAAAAAAGAUUACUUUAAAUUAAUUUCCUUUUUGACAUUGCUUUUAUCAACAAACUGGUUUACAGAAGAACAAGAAGAAAUUGAAUUUAUAAUUAAUGAAAUUUAUUAUAAUUACAUAGGAGUGGAUGAGUCCUUCCCAGAGGACGAAAUUACAAGAGCAAUUGAAAAUUCACUCGGUGCGGAAGUGAAAAAGUGCAUAAUUAAUAAGAAUGCCCUUACUGUGGAAUUCAUAAAAGGUGAUUACGGAGAGGGGGUUUUUGAUGGGAAACUUGUGCUAGACAUAAAUGAUGGUUUAUUUUUGCACACACAAAAAGAAAUUUUACAAUAUACUGGUAAAUUACCUGUCGAUUCCUACGAAAUAGAGCUAGCUAUUAAUUCGUACAAUUGGAAACAAUAUGAACAAAAGUAA